AUGCGCAGUAACAACAAUCUGUCUGUAGCAGACGAUAGGAGUUAGUUGACAAUAAGAAAAGUGACACUGUGUAUACUUGAAUGACAUCAAGCUGAGGAUAAUUUCUAUUGAAAUGGCGGAAAAGCGAGUACCUAUGUUGGAGAAAAAGGAAAGCAAGAAUAAUUUCUUGCGCCAAUUUCGAGAUAAGGAGACUAGGGAGUUCAAACAAAUAUCUGCAAGUCAAUUUAUGGAAGUAUGGAACCAUUACGAUAGCGACGGAAAUGGUUUUAUUGAGGACAGUGAGCUGGAUGGUUUCUUGAAGGAGUUAGUAACAAGUGUUAACACAACAGACGUCGGACCUGAAGUGAUAUCUGAUUCUGCAUUGAAAGAUGCAAAGAAACUUGUGCUCAAUGCUUUCGACGAGAACAACGACGGCCGUAUUGACAUUGCCGAGCUUGCUCAGAUACUUCCAAUGGAACAAAAUUUCCUUUUGUUGUUCAGAAGAGAUCAUCCAUUAGAUUCGAGUGUCGAGUUUAUGAAGAUUUGGCGGGAAUAUGAUAGCGAUCACAGUGGAUAUAUCGAGGCAGACGAACUUAAGAAUUUCCUACAUGAUCUUCUUAAGCGAUCAAAGAAAGACACGGAAGUAUCCGAGGAACAGCUUAUCGUCUAUGCUGACACAAUGUUGCAGCUAUUCGACAGGAAUCGAGACGGAAAACUUCAACUAAGUGAAAUGGCAAAAUUGCUCCCAGUGAAGGAGAAUUUCCUGUGUCGACCCAUUUUCAAGGUUGGUUCGACAAAGAAAAUGGAUUUCUUGGCGGGUUGUAGCAGGUUAUCGCCAGAUGACAUAGAUAGGGUUUUCAAUCUGUAUGACGUGGAUAGAAAUGGUUAUAUAGAAAACGAAGAGCUGCAUGGGUUUCUGAAAGACCUAAUGGAACUCGUUGAAGACGAUUACGAUGCCGACGAUCUGUUAGACUGUCAGAAGAUUCUGUUAGACAAAUGUGACCUCAAUCAGGAUGGAAAAAUUAACAAAGAAGAGCUCACAAUGGUGUUAACAUCUUGCAACAAGGCAAACUCAAGUGAUUGACUCUAAACUUCCAUAAACAUUUUUGUGAAAUACUUUUUACAUACCAAAUGAUCAAAUAACUGGCUUUAUAUCAAAGUAUUGCGGUGUUACACUUAUUUAUAUUUUCUCUAAUAUAUAUAUGUUAAUUUUUUGUUUGUGUUUAUACAUUACAUAUUUUAUUUGUGUACAAAUUAUGUAAAGACAUUAAAGAAUGUUCAGAAAACUUAUUUGUUCUAAAAUCAUUAUUAUUAUGAUUAUAAUGUGCAAACAUAAACCAAACAAACUACUGUUCUUGUGUUUGUUCCUCAAACUUUAUAUCUCUUAUUUUAACUGUUCAUUGAAACCUUUAAUUUAACAUGAAAGAAAUAAUUCUGUUAAUGGUAAAAGUACGUUUACUUACGUGCUCUUUAAAUAUCUUAGAAUAAUAGACUUAAAAAAAGUUGUUUUAUGUAUACACAUAUAUUUUCAAUUGUUUGUACGUUAUUUUGAUGUGUUUCAAGACACCGGUUAAAGUGCAUAUAGUGUUCUUUGCUCAUCUAGUACAUUGUUACAUAGUCAGCAUUAUCUAUGUAAAACAAACUUACCUGCAAACAUUUUGUGUCUUUUAAUUGUAUAUAGCUAACUAUGUAAAGCUUUUUGAUAAUAAACUUUGUACAUAAAAGGUUAUGAUAAAAAAAACUUUGCUUUAUGUUGUUAUUUUUUUAAACUAGUAGUAAAUUUGUUCAUUUGUAUUAAGUUUUGUAUAUUUUUUAGCUUUUAUGAAAAUUUAUGUCGCUACAUGGCAACUGCUCGUUAGAACAGGGUGCAAACUGGGGGCAAAUUGCAUAUAUUAAACUUUAACUUUUAACCUGUUGGCGGCAACUGAUAAACUACCAAUGCGACCAGUGCAGACCAAGCCUUCUUGUCAUUGUUUGUACUGUUUACAGUCCCUAAAUUUUUUUAAUUUUCCCGUAUAGCACCAUGCCUCCAGAUUCAUGCUAAUUUUCAUGAAAAUUUUGAUAAUGUUUUUAUAAGUGAUAUAUUGUGAAGUUACAAAAAGAAGCAAUUUAUAUAUUACAAACAACACUCAUACACAUGUAAAUUACCAAAAUGAGGUCAAAAUAUUCGGAAAUAGCUUUUACUGCGUUAGUAAAGCAGUAGAAAUAUGCUUAUAAAUACUGAAAAAUCUAUCAUUAAUCGCAUAAAACAUUUACAUUAUUACUAAAAAUUUUAAUCUUUUUACUUUUCCUAACGUUUUAGUACAUUUUUUCUCAGGUUUGAUUUAUUGAAAUAUUUUUUUCUCAUCUGGAGGCAUGCAUCUUUAAUGAUGACAAUUUUGUUCAAUUAAAGAUAUACAAGUCCAUAAAUAAUAUUUAGCACUUUGUUUUCAACAGGAUUCAAAAUAAAUUCAAAAUUUGAGAUUAUGUAUAUUCGCUCAAAGAAAUUUAGGUAUGCAUGUCAUUAAAAUGUUUUACAUAAUUUUAUAUUACAACAUAAAUUUUUGCCUUUUAUGGAGAAUGGUUUGUUUUUUAAUAAUUUAAAUAUUUGCUCUUGGUUUUUUGAGAAAGUGGUAUUUUUUUAACUCUUUGAAACAUUUGCUUGUUUUGUAAUGUUUUUAAAUUGGCAUAGAAUUUUAUUGAAACAUUGCUUUGUGACAGUAGACGAUAACUUAAAAGAAAAUAUUAUUCAUUUUAACUUUGGAAAUUCCAAAAUGCAAUAGGAAAACCUUUAAUAAAUAUGGAAAUCACUAUGUUUGAAAGUAGGUAUAUUCUUUCAAAUAAUUUGUUGUGUUAUAUUAUAUUGAAUGUGUAACUAUAUGUUUGACAACUUUAUUACUUUAAUAAAACAAAGUUAUUUCAUUUUUACGAUCUCAAUCAAAUACCUAUCAUCAAAAUAUCAUAAAUAAUUUCAAAUCAGUUUUAUAAACAAAUUGUAUUGAUAGAAAGAAAUUGUGAAAGACCGAAACAUGUGUCUACAGCUUACAUUUUUCUAUGGUUAAGCGAUGUUUUUUUGUGUUUUGUGUGUGGUUUUUUUUAAUAAUUAGCUAUUUUUUCCACUAUGUUAAUAUAUAUUUCUUAACAAGUUUUAUAUUUAAGGGUUAAAGGUGUGGAUAGCAUGAUUAGCAUGUAAUUAUUGAUGAAAUCAAAAUAAAUUCUUAAUGUUUAA